GUAGGAGAGAGAAAGAGGUGUUUGCUGUGUUUGAAUGAGAUUAAACAACGCCGCUCUUCUUCUUCUUCUCAAAUCCUCCUCUCCGUCUAGGGUUUUCUCUUCCACUCUCCGCCGCCCUUUUCUCUCUCACUUCCGCUUCUCUUCUUCCGCCGCAGUCAUGCCUGGUUCCGAACCAUCAUCGGAGAUCCAAUGGCCAGCCAAGACCGUCAGGGAUACGUAUUUCGAUUUCUUCAAAGGGAAAGGUCACAAGUUCUGGCCAUCGAGCCCCGUUGUUCCCCACAACGAUCCCACUCUUCUCUUCGCCAACGCCGGAAUGAACCAGUACAAGCCAAUAUUUUUGGGAACGGCUGAUCCGAAUACUGAGCUCAGCAAGCUAACUCGGGCGUGUAACACACAGAAGUGUAUUCGUGCUGGUGGGAAGCAUAAUGAUCUUGACGAUGUGGGGAAAGAUACUUACCAUCACACCUUCUUUGAGAUGCUGGGUAACUGGUCAUUUGGAGAUUAUUUUAAGAAGGAAGCUAUUGAGUGGGCUUGGGAGCUCUUGACUAAGGUUAGUUGAACUAUUAGCAUCUUGU